AUGUUUUCAACCCUCUCCAACAUAUCGCUGUCUGUCCGGCGUCAGACUUGGAUAACAAAUGUCUCUCCACUUUUCUUGCUGCUCAGAACGACGUAUUCCUCAAGUCAAGUAUCGUCCCAGGACCCCAUCAAGGCUGCUCGCAAUGCUGUUCGGAGAGCUCGUCGGCGCCAUCGCAUUGCCACUGAUCCUGACUUUCGUGAGAGAGCAGCCUUGGCCAACCAGAAAUCAUGGCAAAAACGUCGCGACAUCCAUACAUCAGAACUCAAGGCUCAAUAUCGCGCUGAUACAGCGACAUCUCGAUCGCGCAAGUUGCACAGCUUCAUUUAUUGGUGGCACAAAUCUGGACGCCUCAACGAGUGGUCAUGGAGAACCCAUCAGCUCGUCAUAUUACCUGACCGGGCUGCCCAUGAAUGCACAGCCUGCAAAAGGGAUCGUUCAUUAACUCAUUGGUGGUUAGAGAAGCCUGACGACUCGACCAAGGACUUCGAGAAGUCUGAUCACACUGUUGAGAACCCUGACGCUGUAGGUCGGUACAUGUGCAGCAAUUGUUUUAUUAUGGAUACGGAGCUUUACAUGCCCGAGAAAUACCCUAAAGAGCCGCCUGCUUUCUUCACAGAGUCCAUCUCUACGCCGGCUGAGCCAGACGUUACUGAGGAUGAACAAAAUUGA